AUGAAUAUCAAUGGAGGCGGGUCGUGUUGUGUGAUGUGGGAAGUGGAUCUUAUUGAUAUGAGACGAUAUGUUGGUUCUCAAGAUGGAGGACAAGAUAUCUACGUUAGAGCUGCAAUUUCUGAUUUGGCUCCACCGCCGGUAGCUGAAAGUACCAAAAAUGGCUCCGCCAACAGCAACCAAAUUGGUAAGGUUGUCGGCAUUACCAUGAGUACCUGUGCCAUGCUCAUAUUUAUUCUGAUACUCAUCUACUUGAAGAGGAAGCAAACACGAACCUUGAUAACAUCAAUGGAUAGAGAAGGUCCACAAGGAAGAACCGAAGAGUCCUUAGUCGAUGAUGAUGCUAUUCUACCAAAUAGAAGAAGAGAUAAUCAUGGCAAAACAACUAUGGAUGAGCUUGAAUUACCCUUGUUCAAUUUUACAACAGUUGCUAUUGCAACAAACAACUUCUCAAAAACAAAUGAACUUGGGAGAGGGGGGUUCGGGCCUGUUACAAGUGGUUAUAUGUCACCUGAAUACAUGAUGAACGGGAAUUUCUCAAGAAAAUCAGAUGUUUUUAAUUUUGGGGUUUUGAUUCUCGAGAUAGGAAGCGGUAAAAGGAACAGAGGAUCAUCCAACACAGAUAGCCAACUUAACCUUCUUGCACAAGCAUGGAAGUUAUGGAACGAGGAGAGAGCUUUAGAACUACUAGACGAAUCUAUUGGAACCAAAUUUUCAGAAAAUGAAGUGUUGAGGUGCAUACAAAUUGGACUCUUAUGUGUUCAAGAACUACCGAAAGAUCGACCUAAGAUGUCAGAAGUAAUGUUGCUAUUGAGCAGUGAAACAAUGGGAAUGUCACCACUGAAACAUCCUGGAUUCUUCUUUAGGAAUGAAAAUCUUGAACCAGAAAUUUCAAGCAAAAAAGAUGAUUCCGUGACAGUAAAUCAAAUAACACUAACGGUAAUAGAACCUAGAUAGCAAAACUAGGUUAGUCACCAUCUAGCAUCAAUUGUAC